UCCGCCCCCGAGUUGCCGCACACGAACCAUUUAACCGUACGAGCCGAGCCAACUGUAGAGCACGCGAGCGCGUGAACGUGGCCCUUUCACUAUUCCUGCCGCGCCACCCCCGGACCCCCUCGCGCAAAAAAAAAAAAAAAAAAAGAAGAGGAGCGAAAAACACAGAGACUAAGAGCUCAGUCGGAGACGCGAUGGCUGCUGCUGCGGCGGCACCGCUGGAUUGUGUUUACGACCCGGAGCACGAGACUGUCACAGCCUCCAGAGGGAAGAACUCCGCGCGCGCCCGCCAUUGGAACGCACGGUCUUUCUUCACGCGCGGCGACUCGGAGCCCGUGAGGCUUCUCGCCACAUCUCACGUCUCCUCCCGGCCGCUCGGUUGGUGAAGGGGGAGUUUUUUGGGGGAGGGGGAGGCGGGUGAGAGCAAUUACCAGACUCCAGGAUAGCGAGCCUUAUUUUUCGAAAUCGGCGAAAUAUCACGCUGGAACCUUGAACGGCCCGGCGGCGUCAGGUCCAGGCUCCAUCCAGCAGCGCUGCACCUAGAGGCGGGGGUGGUGCUGUCGUGGAGGCGCUGGAGGUGGGGAGGGGAAUCCGAGAGCAUCCCUCCAUCCCGCGGAGUCUAUCCCUCCCUCUCUUCCUCCCGUUUCCGGCCCAUUUUCGCUCCAUCAUAUGCUAGAGAUCUAAGUGUGUUUGUGUGUGUGUGUGUGUGUGUGAGGGGUUGGGGGUGGAGGGAGCGUUGUCCGUGGCCGCGGGAACACGCACCCUCCGCCUGCCGAGGCUGAGGCUGAAGCGCCGCUGUGCUUGAAGGAUGCUGCGGGAGUAGAGCGGCUCCGAGCGGAAGAUGGGGAAGGACCAGGAACUGCUGCAGGCGGUGAAGACCGAGGACCUUCUCACCGUGCAGAAGCUGCUACAGAGGCCUCGACCGGGGAAAGCAAAGCUCCUCGGCUCCACGAAGAAGGUGAACGUGAACUUUCAGGAUAUCGAUGGGUUUUCUCCCCUGCAUCAUGCGGCUCUUAACGGGAACCUGGAGCUGGUCUCUCUGCUGUUGGAGUCGCAAGCCGCUGUCGACAUCAGAGACCAGAAAGGAAUGCGGCCGCUGCAUUAUGCCGCCUGGCUGGGGAAGGCCGAGCCAAUGAAGAUGCUGUUAAAGUCGGGUUCAUCUGUCAACGGCCAAUCAGAUGAGGGCCAGAUACCUCUGCACCUAUCAGCACAACAUGGCCACUAUGAGGUGUCUGAGAUGCUGCUGCAGCACCAGUCCAACCCGUGCAUCGUGGAUAAUGCAGGGAAAACCCCUCUGGAUUUGGCGUGUGAAUUCGGCAGGGUCGGGGUGGUCCAGUUGUUGCUGUCUAGCAACAUGUGUGCCGCUCUGUUGGAACCCAAAAAGGGAGACACUGCAGACCCCAACGGGACGUCUCCACUCCACCUGGCUGCCAAAAACGGACAUAUAGACAUCAUCAGGUUGCUGAUCCAGGCCGGCAUCGACAUCAACAGGCAGACCAAAGCCGGCACUGCCCUUCACGAAGCAGCCCUGUGUGGCAAGACAGAGGUGGUGAGACUCCUGCUGGAGAGUGGGAUCAACGCAGCUGUUAGAAACACCUACAGCCAGACUGCGCUCGACAUCGUUUACCAGUUCACAGCAACGCAAGCCAGCAGGGAGAUAAAGCAGCUGCUGAGGGAUGCAUCAGCAGCCCUGCAGGUUCGGGCUCUGAAGGAUUACUGCAACAACUACGACCUGACCAGCCUCAACAUCAAAGCUGGAGACGUCAUCACGGUAUUGGAGCAACAUCCUGAUGGACGCUGGAAAGGCUGUAUCCAUGACAACCGGACGGGAAACGAUCGAGUGGGGUACUUCCCAUCCACUCUGGUUGAGGUCAUCAGCAAGCGCACAGGUUUGGCCAGCACAGUCAUUUGUACUCAACAAUUUCAAAAGAUACCGCUGGUUCCCCCGGCGACGGUUGCCCCUGCCAACGCGGUAGUCAACGGCAACGACACCACGUUCCAUCAGAUCCAUAUCCUGCCUCCACCGCCUCCUCCUCCACCACAUUCCCAUCAGCCACUGCUUCCACUUUUCACUUCCUUUGGGUAUAACAGGUCGCCCGUGACAACCCCACAGGGAGACACACCCACUGCCCCAGGUUGUCGAGGCUCAGAGGCAAGUCCUCAAAGUUCUCCCACUCCAUCCAGCGGGCCCCAUGGAGGCUCCAACGAAGAGAUCUGGGUUCUGCGCAAGCCCGUGGCAGGUGGAGAUCGCAGCAGCGUGGGGAGUUCUGGGAGCGUGACCAGUGUGAGGUCUUCAGGUAGCGGUCAGAGCGCCACCAACGCCGCGCACAUCCUCCACGCGCAGGCCGAGGGCGUGAAGCUUUUAGCCACUGUCUUGUCCCAGUCUACAAAAGCCAAGGAGCAUCUGAUGGAGCAGUCCAAGUCGGUGGACCAACCUGCAGGCUCUGCCGGCUCCUCUCGGACGUCCAGCCAAUCGGGCUGUCCGCUUCACGAAGCGCCGCCUUACGAUGCCACGGCAACCAGGAAGGGGGAGGUUCCAUGCGAAGGGAAGAGCUCAGAGGCCGUUGUCCAAUGGCUGAGCGACUUUCAGCUGCAGGUCUACGCUCCAAACUUCCUGGGCGCGGGCUAUGACCUGCCCACCAUUAGCCGAAUGACUCCGGAGGAUCUGACAGCUAUCGGAAUAACCAAGCCUGGUCACAGAAAGAAGAUCACAUCAGAGAUCAACAAGCUGAGCGUCACAGAGUGGCUGCCAGAGCAGAAACCUAGCAACCUGGGGGAAUGGUUGUCGGCCAUAGGUCUGAGCCAGUACCACCAGGUGUUGGUGCAGAACGGCUACGAAAACAUCGACUUCAUCACAGACAUCACCUGGGAAGAUCUGCAGGAAAUAGGCAUCACCAAGCUGGGUCACCAGAAGAAGCUGAUGCUGGCCGUGAAGCGGUUGGCUGAAAUGCAGCGCAGCUCAGAUGGGCGGGGCUCCCUUCGAAAGAAACCGCCACCCAUCACACAGCAGCAGGAAGUCAUCUCCAUGGACAGCCCGCCUCCAGAUGAGGUCAUCAUGUCUCCAAAGAUGAGUACCUUCCAGGACAGUGAGUUGAGCUCAGAGCUUCAGAAUGCCAUCAUUCACCCAGGUCAAGAGGUCAGAGUUCAGCGAACUCGCACCCUAAGCAAGGACCAUGACGACGUGAUUACUGGAGGUGGAGGGCCACCGAAGAAGGAGGCACGGACAGUGAGGCAGCAAAGCAGCCAGGGAAGCUCCUCGUCCCACAGAGGCAGCGUUUCAUCGCAAGGAAAACACCGACAUUCUCACAACCAGCCAGCACCUCCCUACACACCACCACACACACCCACCAAGACCAGGACUUCGUCCUCCUCUUCCACCUCCUCCAUUCAGAGCAGCGCUUCCCCACAGAGCAAGACCAAACCAUCACCCCAGGCAAUACAAGGGGAGCAACCUCCGCUGCACUCACACCAACCUCAGUCUCCAACCCACCGUGGAGCCCCGUGUCAAAUCCCCCAGCAGCAGCAGCCGCAGCCUCAAGUUCAGCAGCAUCAGCCCCAUCCUCAUCACCACCACCCACAGACACAGGUGAUGGAGGUCAGAGAAAGCCCACAGCAGCAGGUUCCACACCUCUGUCUACCACCCGAAGCUGAACUGGAAGAGGCUGAGGGAGCAGAACCUUUGGCCCUCAAGAAGAAACGUGCCCACAGCCUCAACCGAUACGCCGUCUCAGACGGGGAGUGUGAUGAGAGAGUAGGAGGUGGAGAUGGAGGAGGAGGAGGAGGAGAAAUGGAAACAGAAGUAGCAGUAGUUCAGACCUCUGCGACUGCAAGAGCGGACGGAGUGAAAUACGCUACAGUGACCCACCGCGUGAGCCGCAGCCAUUCAGUCCGCAACCAGGAAAAGACUGCCGGCCGCAGUCACACCCAAUCCUUCGCUUUGCGUCAGAAGAAGAAGGGUCCUCCACCGCCCCCGCCCAAACGCUCAAGCUCUGCCAUAUCCAGCUCCAACUCCAACUUGACGGAGGCAAACACACAGCAGCAGACACAUACCACCACUGGGGGAAUGCUGGAUGUGCCUUACCACCAACAGCGGAGGGCCAGCGACCUGGGGGUGUCCGUGGAAACGGCUGAAGUGGAGACCAACAGCAUGGGCAGUGUGAGGAGCAUCGCUGCCAUGUUAGAGAUGUCUUCGAUAGGGGGUGGGGCCAAAGGCAUGGCACUGCAAAAGAAUUACCUGCAGGUGGGAAAAACCCGCGAGGCCAUUGGCCUGGACGGUGAAGUGGUGAACCGGCGGCGAACCAUAAGUGGACCCGUAAGCGAGCUGGUGGAGGCUGCCAGGCGGGAACAACCGACUCCACUGGAUUUCGCCCCGUCCUCCUCCCAACCUCAACCUCAAUCCCCCCCUCCCCUUGUGAACUCCUCUUCACCUCACCCUCCAUCUUCCCCGGUUCCCUGCUCAGGAGGCAGUGGUAGCUCCUCGGAGAACCUUCCAUUCGCAGAAGAGGGGAGCCUCACCAUCCGCCGCCAAGCUCGAGGAGAAGGAGAAGGACAGUGUGUAUUUUGUGUUUGUCUGCAGGGUGACGGCGACGCCCCCCCGGGAGACGGGGGCUUCACCCUGGAGGACACCCCUGAAGCCACGGGAACCUUAAAGCGACGGCCUCGCAUUUCCAAGUCCCACCCCAACGGUUCGGAUUUCACCCUCCAGGAGUCAUCCACCGUAAAACGGCGGCCCAAGAGCCGUGACAAGGAACCCGAAGGCUUCGGAGAAAUGGCCGCUGCCAAUGGGGAGGUGGUUGGCACCGGGCAUCCCAACACUACACAGCCAAUGCCAUACCAGAAUGGCAUGGCCACUGUAAAACGCCGCCUGCCGUCUGAAGCUGGAGUGACCGAACAGCCGCAACCUCAGCAACAAGUGACCCCAACCCCCCGCAGGGACAGCACGGACCAGGGAGCUCCUGCAGUAAAUGAAGCAGUCCCUAUGAGGAAACCAAAGCCUCCGGUCUCCCCAAAACCCGUUGUUGCACAGAUAAAGAGACAAGGAGGCCCACAGAGCUCACCACAGGCCGCCCUCAAUAAAAGAGUCCCCCUGCCAGGGCCAGGGACCCCUGGAAGUCCAGUGGAAGGAAAGAAGAUCCCUCCACCGGUCUCACCGAAACCAGCACCCCCACCUACGGCGCCAAAACCGGCCAAGCUGAUCCACUCUAUGACAAGUCCCGCCUCCCCGACCUCAGUUUCCACCCAGGUCAAGCAGCACUCUGUGGUGGCACGGCAGACCAGUUCACCUACUUCCUUCCUGCCGUGCAACAUCUCCAACCCUCCUGUUGCCAAGCCGACAAGCCCUUCUUCUCAAAGCCCCCACACACCGCAGACCCCCACAACCCCUCAGACACCUCAGACCCCUGCUACUCCCAGCCCAACCCCGCCGCCCGUAAAGCCCCCCCGCUCCUCCAUCGGGGGUGUGUCAGUGGACAGUGGGAUUACAGGAGGAGCUGUCACACCACAGGCCUCCACAACAACAGACUUUGGUGUAGACUCUUUGGUGCAACAGAAGCUGGAAGAGACGAGCGCAUCCCUGGCUGCUGCUCUGCAGGCUGUGGAAGAUAAGAUUCUACGGCAGGACGACUCUGUGGCUGAGCAGAAGACAACGGUGAGCAUCCUCGAUGACAUCGGCAGCAUGUUCGACGACUUGGCCGACCAGCUGGAUGCCAUGUUGGAGUAAACGACAGAAACCCAGUCAGCGAAUCUCCACGGCAACACUGCAUCAGGACUGAUUCAGAUGGCACAAAGAGGCAACCCUCCUCUCUAUCUCUCUCUCUCCUUCUUUUCAUAUGCCUCUCUCCUCUUUGCUCCGAAACUGCUGUCCAUCCAUCUGCCCAGAGGAAGCUCGACUCUUCUCUUCUUCUCUUUCUCCUUUGCACGAUGCAAAAAAAAAAAAAACAAUAAAGGUGAUGGAACAGCAGCAGCAGCAGCAGAGGCCUGGACAGAGAUCACGACACUGAAAAACAGAUAAAAAGAGGGACAGAAAAAGAGAGAUAAAAAAGCUAAACUAUCGAGAGACAAAAAACAAAAAAAAACACCCAAGAAGGAUUAAUAAAGAAAUGUAUCACAGUCAAGAAGACUGCAAUCACAACACGAGUCUUUAAAGAACUCUACAUGAACAAAUACUAAUACAGAUUUAAAAACCAACUGUGUAAUGAAUCAUAGUACGGUAUGUGUACGUUCUAAAGCAUGGAGAGUUUAUAUCUACUGAAAAAGUCCUGCAUUAGCACAGUAAUAUAUGAUAUACGCCGAUAAAUAUCAAUCUCUAGCUCUUUGAUUUGAUGUCCUGGUUCUGUGUGGAAUGGUGACCUCUGGUGUUGUGAUGAUGUAAAUGACUUGGUGGAAAAAUUAUUCUAUGUGACCAAAUUUGAGACUCUUGACCUCCCGAUGGGUGUGCAUGUGUGCGCCGUUCGUGCGGGUGGAUGUGCAUCACGGGAAUUUUCAGGAUCCCCGUUUCGGUUCCCUGCGGUCGGAUCUGAGUCGAGUCGCAUCGCCCCGCAUAUGCACACACACGCAGACAGGCCCACUUGCACACAGCAGAAGCACAACGACCCCCGCAGCCGGCUCGCACACACACACAUACGCGCAAACACACAAACUGGUACCUUCAUAAUAUGAAUGAAAAUGGUGUAAAAGCGGGACUACAGCAGGUCAUUUCGGGGAUUUGGCAGGUAGUUGAGAACUUCAAAAAAGUGUAAAGGGACGUUCGUGGGCCAGCCUUAUUUUUAGAAAGGCUGAGGUAAAUUAGUGUGACAUUUCCCCCGGUGUGUACAGUUGGAUGGGUCCGAGUUGCCCCCAAAGCACCUUGUGAAGGUCAGCACAAGCACCACGGUCGGAGCUGCGCGUCAACAAAGAGGGCUUCAAAAUCACCGCUGACUGAUGAAAGUGCAGCAGCAAACUUCAGGUUCCACUGUCCAUCCUGCUACCACAACCUCAACUAGAUAAUAAUAAUUAUAAUACGUCAAACUUGCAUAACGCUUUUAGGACACUCACAGACGCUUAGAUAAAUCCAAAACACCAAAACCUGCUCCUUCAUUUCAGCAAUUGGAAUUAUUGGUACUUUAAUCGUAGUCAAAUAUAAAUUUACUGUUUUUUUUCUUUUUACUGAUUAAGUGAAUAAGUUUCAGAUUUUCACACUUUUUACACACCAAUAGAAAUUUGAAGCGUGAUACUAAUUGAGUUGGUCAAAUUAUGAUACCACCACUACCGUGCCUCAGGCAAGGAAAGCUUGUUACUGAUAAUGGUGCUUAGUAUAAAGAUCCACCCAAGAGAAUUUCAAUCACCCGAAACAAAUAAGCUUUUUCCAGCUGACCUGAUUUCUCAUUGGUUUUAUUUGUAGUUAAUUCAACAAAAUCCCUUCAUUACUGACUGUGCUAAGAUGGACCCCCCCUGCUUCCUGCUCUACACUAAGGCAGCAGCUGCACUCUUUGUCAGUGAGAAGCACUAUUCAUGCCCUGACUUGCAAACUUACCUCUAUCCUCUUGAACUUUGUCACAUUUGAUCACGUUACAAACACAAAUUUUAGUGUGUAAAUUGGCAUUUAUGCGAUUGACCAACAGGAAAUCGUGUACAGCUGUGAGGUGGACUAAACAAUGUGAUGAUGGUGGCAGCAUCUCAAUUUGGAGAGGCCUUUACCAACACACCGCAGCUAUAAUUUAGAUCAAAGCAUAUUCGUGUAUUAGAAUGACCCAGUCUAAUUCACUAAAUAUAAGUAAAAAAAAUCUGUCAUAAAGGUUUAAGUGGCAUUAAAGCUUUUGCAAGAUCACAAUUCCUCCCAGCUCUUCUGGAACUCAUGUAAAAUAUUUAAUAAUCCAACCAAUCAGACCUCAAAACUCACAUCACCCAAUUUUACAACCACGUUAAAACUAAAAAAUAAAAUAAAAAUGAAACUACACUUUACUCACCGACAUUCCAGCACUUAACUCUUACAUUUUCCAUCCCACAAGCCCCUCAUCUCGUUUCGCCAUGACAAUCUACUGUACCGCGUCCCCACUUUUUACUGGUUACAACACGUAACCUUGAUUUUUGUGUAAAUGAGGCGGAAAUCAAAAGGUGGUGGGGAAAGCGUGAGCGACAGCGUUCAAGAACUGCUAAGCAUGACGGUUUUAUUUCUGUUAUAUUAGACCAAAAAAAAAAAAAAGUGCAAUACUCCAGUAUUCCUUGUGCUCCCCGGAUAGAGGAAAUCAGUCUCACAGCAGCUGCACUCUUUGUCUAUGAAUAAAUAUUAAUUCAGAGAAUAGUUGUGGUAUUUAAAUUCUGAUCACAUAGAGAAUAUAUAUAUGGAUAUUUGCAAAAACAAAAAAAAGAAGUGUAUUUAUGAUGUGUGUGUCAUCCUGAAGAGUAUUUUUCAAAGUAAUCAGAUCUAAUCUGAGUAUUCAAAAUCAGUUUGCUUCUCCAUGCUUCGGUGGUCCCAGCUAAAUGAAUCAUUGUAGGAUACCAUGUUGGGUAAUUUCAAGGAAGUGUUCUUUUCUAUUAUUAUUACAUUAUUUUAUUGUUGUUUUUUUCUGCAUACAUGUGUCAGGAUGUGGCGAUGUUUAUAUUACAAGCAAUUCCUGUUGUUUACUUUUUUUUUGGUAUGGUUUAUCAUUUUUCUUUUUGUCUUGCAAACAUGUGCCUUGCUUUGUGGUUUUUGGUCUAACUUCAAUACAGUAGAUGGGUAUGUAAAGUAUCAGGGAAUCGCUCUCUUUUUCCCUCUUCACUGUCACAGGUGCAUUUGUUAGAGUCAUGAAACUGAUCGCUUCCUCAUCUGGACAACCGGAAACAUUCGCGUUGCACUUGGCAUAAGUUGGCUGCAUGCUUCAAACCCACAUUAGCAAACACAAUUUGUCUCUGCACUUAAAAAGUCGCUUGGGGAAAAAUGGACACUUUCCUGCUAAGAGUAAAACAACUUGAUCAAUAGCAUUUAGCUUCCUAAUGUAUACCUCAGUCACACAUUUACGUUUGUGCUUCGUGUGUCAGUUGCGCAGGAAAACAUCCUUUGGCUUUUGGUAAAUAACGCUUCAGCAUCACUAGCUGCGUUUCUGUCACAAAUGUAACAAAACUGUUGAAAUUCCUCUAAAUAAGAAUAAGAAUAAAGAAAAACGCGCAAAAAAUUAUCCUGUUGAAUCUCAAAGUCCAUGUGGGGAAAUAAAGGAAAAUUUUAGUUUGAAAAAAAAAAAAUGUAGGUGUAGCUGUGGGUCAAUGACCUUUAACUCUUUGUGCCGUUGGGUUUGCUGCUUAGUGAUCAAGUCUCUCAUCUCUUAGCUUGAAAGUAACAAUUCCCAAUAUGUGAAAUUCUGAAUGACCAGAGACAAAUUGAUCUUAUAAGUGCUGCUCUGUGGCAUUUUUAAACUCACUCAGGCGUCGUUUAUGAGAAUCUGGGUCGUGCAUGUAAUAAAUCCAUUGGUUAAUCGCUAACUUUCAGCCACUCCUUAGAAAUGUCCCCUUUCUCUUAGUUUUGAACCCAGGCACCAUCGCAUCAAAGACAAGUUUUGCCUUCACCCCCCCUCCCUCCAUCUUCCUCGGUUUGGACGUCUCUCAUCUUGUAAGCGUUGUGUUACAGAGUGAUUGUGUGGUUAUGGGUUGAGGUCAAAAACAGAAUUCUGGUCCAUCUCUUCUUUCUUAACAAAAGAUGAAGCUUUUUAUUGGAUCUUCUUUGCUCUGCAGUGACUGUGUGUGAAUGCUUGAGAAAGGGCCAAAGUGUGUAAAGUGUUGCUUUGCUAUUGAUUGUGUGAAAUCUGUGUGUGUGUGUGUGUAGGCGUGAGUGUGAGAAUGUGUUUUACUGAUUGGACAGAUGUGUGCUUGCAGCAACUGCAUCUUAUGGCCAUCUGCUCUCAAUAAAUUAAUGUUCUAUAUAAACAUAA